AUAAAUCCAUGUCUGAAACUAAAUUGGUUGAUGAAAAUUCUUUAAUAGGAAUAGCAGCUACAUUUUGGUAAUAAUAUUCAGCUAAGACUCCUUAAAAAUUGAAAAUAAUGGAUGCUUUUUCUUUGUAUUGCUUCAUAUUGGUGAUAAUUCAAUUAUUUUAUUGUGCAUUGGUAGGUGAUUUUCCCCGAAACUCAUUUCUAUCAGGGAUAUUUGCAUCUGCGGGAGCUUUGAUAAUUAAUAGUAAGCAUUAGAAUGUGAUGAUUAGUUUGUUUAAGGAAAUAAUUGAACCCUGAGACUAGAUACAUGGAAAUUUCGAAUGAGAGAGCCUUUUGGGAAUAUUUGGCAGCAAUGGUUGUGCUCUUUUUGACUGUGAUAAAUUUCUUGGGUUGAAUGAUA